CCUAGCUGUAUGCAAAGGGUGGAGAGUGACAGAGCCUUGAAACUGGUCCAACCAGUAGUAAGCACCGGCUAAUUACAGGUAUGAGGUGUCGCCUUGCAGUCUGUUUAGCAGAUCACACCAGGAAGAUGGAGAGAGUCUAACACCGGACUCUGGCAAUCCAUAGGAGGAGGGACCGCAGAAAUGAAUCAGCAAGGGGCACACUAGCCUGUGGGUGCCAGCUUCAUGGUGCCACUUGUGAAGGUCUGCUGCAUAAACACAAGAGAUACAGCUGUAGUUACCUCAAUUGCUGAGCAAUGGCUACAGGGGACAAAGUUGCUAUCUUAACUGAAGAUGAGGAGGAACAGAAGAGAAAAUAUGUACUUGCUGAUCCUUUCAAUGGGGUUAGCGUGGAGAAUGACCAAGCUGGACCUAGUGAAGCUCAUCAAGCUCCAGAUACUGCUUCUAUCACAGAUGACGAAAUGGACUGGCUGGAGAAACACUGUGUCAAAAUUAACAAUGACCUUCUCAUCUCUAAAGUCUUCUACUUCUUUUUUUAUUCUGCAUAUGGUUCCCUCUAUCCUCUGCUCCCUGUUUACUACAAACAACUGGGAAUGUCUGCUACUCAGAGUGGAUUGCUUGUUGGAAUCCGAUAUUUUAUCGAAUUUUGUAGUGCCCCUUUCUGGGGCGUCAUAGCGGACCGUUUUAGAAAAGGGAAGGUGGUUUUACUCUUCUCAGUUCUUUGCUGGGUUUUAUUUAAUUUAGGAAUAGGGUUUGUAAAACCAGCAACAUUGUUAUGUGUGCCUACUAACCCUGUGCCUGUGCAACCGACUAACUCCAGCACUCUUCCACCCUUUGUUUCUCCGUCAACACCUAUUCCUGCUGAGAAUACCACCACAGCAAAAAACAGACGUAAGAGAGAUGUCUAUUCAGAUAGGCAACUUUUGUGGAAAUCUGAUGUAGAGUUUAGCUCUGAAAUGAUGUUCUAUAAUGGAGAAGAUAUUAUUUUACAUCGAAAUGCCAGAGAUGUUUCAAAUAAUAGUGUAACAGUAGGCACAGAAAUGAGUAAUGGAUCUACCGUUUCUUUAACCACAACAACCUUGGCCAUCACUACAACAACCAAAGCUCCUGGCAACUUUGCAUUGCUAUACGAUGAAGCAGAUGUAGAAACCAUCUUCCUCUUGAUCUUGCUGGUGGUCAUCAUUGGAGAGUUUUUUAGUGCUCCAGCUGUGACUAUUGUGGAUACAGUAACUCUACAGUACUUAGGCAAACAUAGGGAUCGCUAUGGACUCCAAAGGAUGUGGGGAUCUCUCGGAUGGGGAUUGGCUAUGUUAUCAGUGGGUAUAGGAAUCGAUCAUACUAAAAUAUUUGUGAAAAUAACUGGUAGUGGUUGUCUAGCUCCUGAAUACAAGGACUAUCGUAUUGCUUUUAUUGUCUUUGGAGUCCUGAUGUCCAUUGCACUUAUUGUUUCUACUCAAUUUCGCUUUCGUUACCACCACCUACAAACACAUGUGGUUAGGAAUGAAGACUUGGAGAUCUCUCCAGUGGAAAAUAGAUCCCAGGCUGAAUCUCCAGCACAGAGUCAGAGUGAAAGCAGGAAUGAGGGACCAGAAACAGAAGCCUUUAAAUUCUGGGAUUUGAUAAAGCUCAUGUGCACUGUGCAAUAUAGCUCUGUUCUAUUUGUGGCCUGGUUCAUGGGUUUUGGCUAUGGAUUUGUCUUCACCUUUCUCUUUUGGCACCUUGAGGACCUCAAUGGGACUACAACUCUGUUUGGUGUUUGCUCAGUUUUGAGUCACAUUUCUGAACUGACAGCUUAUUUCUUCAGCCACAAGUUGAUUGAGUUGGUUGGUCACAUCAGAGUCUUAUACAUUGGUUUGGCUUGCAAUACUGCUCGAUACUUAUACAUCUCCUAUAUGGAAAAUGCCUGGACAGUCCUCCCAAUGGAAGUGCUACAAGGUGUGACACACGCAUCAAUAUGGGCAGCUUGCAUCUCCUAUCUCAGUGCAGCAGUUCCACCUGCAUUACGGACCUCUGCUCAGGGCAUCCUGCAGGGACUUCAUCUUGGACUGGGCAGAGGGUGUGGUGCUAUGAUUGGAGGGAUCUUCGUCAGCUAUUUUGGUGCUGCAGAAACAUUCCGGGGGGUCGGAAUGGCAUCUCUUGUCAUUCUACUGCUCUUUGCUCUCAUUCAAUGGGUGGCAGUUCCAGAGAAAGAUAAAGAUGAAACCAUGCUAGCAGAGAGAAUUCCUGUUCCCUCAAGCCCUGUUCCCAUAGCAACUAUCGACCUGGUGCCCCAGCACCCUGAGAACAUCAUGCCCAUCCAACGCAAGCUUCCAUCAAAAAAAACAAAGCACCAAGAGGAACAGGAAGAUGUGAACAGACCAGCCUGGGGAAUAAGCUCUUCACCAUGGGUCACCCUCGCAUUCGCCUGUUACCAGAUUAAAGAAAUGGUUAAACUUUCCAAAAACAAUCAGGCCCCCGAAAAUCAGCCUUUGCAGGGAAAUGGGAUUAAUAAUGCUCAGCCAAUAUCAAGGUCUCCAAGACUGACCAGGAAUGAAGAACCUGCUGCUCAGGCAGAAGCGAAUGUGAGCCCUGAUAUUCAGGGGCAAACUAACGAAGCGACCAAAGCUGCCCAUCAAGCUGAUACUCCAGUUACCGAAAAUAAUACAAUGAAUUUGUCAGCACCAUCGGAAGAUACAGGGCAUUAGGAAAUCUGUUAUCCUCCUGAAGAGAAUACAC